CGUCAUGAAAACCCUAGCCAAAAUCAACAACUCUCAGCACACAUUUCUCCAACCCUCUUGAAUCGGAGUUUCUAUGGAGGAUUCUGAUCAUCAACCAACUCAUUCUGGAUCAUUGAUUGGUUCCAACGAUGACCUUUUAACCGAGAUCCUUCUCCGGCUCCCUGUCACCUCCAUCCUUCAAUUCAAAUCUGUUUCCAAACACUGGCGUUUGCUCUUGCGUCACAGACAUUUCACCCAAAGGUAUGAUACUCUUUCAAAAUCUCCUGGUUUUUUUACUACUGACAAUAUAUAUGUUCCGUAUGAUGUUGCAAACCCAACCACUCCCCUUUUUCGUAGUCUCGAUUUCUACCCCGAUCCUCACGGUAUCAGAAUUGUUCAAUCUUGUAAUGGAUUACUCCUUUGCCGUACCUAUCGAGGGAGCAUAGAUGCUCGUAAGUAUUAUGUGUUUAAUCCCACCACUAAACAAUUUGCAAUCGUCCCGCGUCUCCCCGGAGGUUAUGAAGUCCGUAAAACGAUCCGUUUUAUGGGUCUGGCAUUUCAUCGAACAGAUUGUGUUCACUACAAACUUGUUUGUAUUUGUUCUUUAGAGUCUGAUGAUGAUGUGGAGUUGUUUCAGAUUCAAAUCUACUCAUCUGAUACUGGGGAAUGGAAGAUUUGUCCUGUAACUUUCCGUACGGAUUGCCCUGUUUUCGAUAUGGGAGUUGACUGUAAUGGAGCUAUUCACUAGGCUCCCUCUUAUCGCAAUCACUUGUACUUUAAAAUCGACGCCGAACAGUUGCAAACGUUGCCCUUACCAGUGGAGAUGACUGUAUUUCAAACGGUGACAAUGUACUUUGGGGAAUCUAGAGGUCAUUUACAUUUAACAGUGCUUGUUGAUUCUGAUGAAACCGGUUUACACCUGAACGUGUAUGAGAUGUUGGGCGAUCAUUC